AAUUAUAAAAAUGUGGGGAGUGUUCCGACCCGAACCCGAAGCGCCCCUAAUUUUCUCCAUAUCCUCCCCCCAAAUUCCGCUCGAAUCUUCUUGUUGCAGAGCGUACCGGAAACGGUUUGUAGGCGUCCCCGCGCCGCCACCAUCCUCAGGCCGAUUCUGGCGCGCCCAAACGCGACUAAGCGCCGUACCGGAGCUUCCUACUACUUCCUUGAAAAUGAAUCAACUCUCGAAUGCAUUUACAAUGCUUAGCUUGGACGUUGCGGAUAGCCAAGAAGAGACAGAAGUAGCUCCCGAAGGAAAUGGGAAAGACGAUGAAGGGGAGAAGGUGGAAUAUGCUUCUGAAGAGUACAGGCUGCCACUUGUAUGGAUUGAUCUUGAAAUGACUGGUUUGAAUGUUGAGGUGGAUACUAUAUUGGAGAUUGCUUGUGUGAUCACUGAUGGAAGCUUGACCAAAUUAAUUGAGGGACCUGAUAUAGUCAUUAGUCAACCAAAGGAGUGUUUGGAUAAUAUGGGAGAGUGGUGCCAAGAACAUCAUGGAGCAAGUGGUCUGACUGGAAAGGUGCUUGAGAGUACAAUAUCGAUUGAAGAAGCUGAGAAGCAGGUUAUUGAGUUUGUGAAGAGAAACAUCGGGACAACAUACUCACCACUCCUGGCAGGGAAUUCAGUUUAUGUUGAUUUUCAGUUCAUGAAGAAGUACAUGCCGGACCUGGCUAAUCUUUUCUCACAUGUACUUGUUGACGUGAGCAGUGUCAAGGCAUUAUGCCUCCGUUGGUUCCCCAGAGACAACAAAAGGGCUCCUCGCAAAGAAAACAAACAUAGAGCUAUGGAUGACAUCAAGGAGAGCAUAGCAGAACUCAAGUACUACAAGGAUAACAUUUUUAAAGCAACCAGGUUUAAGAAGUGACCAUCUUUGGAAGGCAUCUCCUUUUGUGUGUAAAACUGUAAACAGACGGGCAGUCAUCUUCUUAAAAUGUUUUGUAUUCCUAUUUUCGUGUAUAUUGUGGUACUGACAUUUGAAGUAUAAACCUUUCUGCAUGUCUUCAUCAUCAUGAUUGUGUAAAGUUCUUUAUGAUAUGCAAUUUUUUGUGAACCAAACAAGCUUGGUGUGCACUUCUCUAUUUGGUUGCAUUUGUGCGGGUUGCUCUGCCAUGCUCCAAUUCAUCUUGGCAAAUACUGCAAGUCUUUGGCAUGUGGGUAACAUCAGGAGUAGGGGCAGAGGAGGGGAGACAACCUGUACCGUGGCCCAAUGCAAGCUGGGUUAAUACUAGGGGUGGGCGAAUCGGUUUACGGUUCGGUUUUUAUCGGUUUCGGUUCGAUUUCGGUUUAUUCGGUUUGAGGAAAAUAGUACCAAACUCAAACCAAAAGAAUUUCGGUUUGGUUUCGGUUCGGUUUGGGAAAAAUUCGGUUCGGUUCGGUUUGGUGUUCGGUUUGAUGUUCGGUUUAUAAACUUGAAAAUGAUUAUGUCUUGUUUCAUAUGUUACAAU